AUGCCCAUAUACUGUGCCGCUGUGGACAAAAAAAUUUACCCACUGAAAAUCGCCGACUCGUUCAUGGACUGGGAGUCUAGCGAUUUCGCUAAGCCCACUCAAAAUCGAAGAUGUUUGGAGGCCAAUUUCAAAUCUGAGUUAAAAAGAGAAACGCAAGUUCAGGUUGCGGGGGGUAGCUUCUUUAUGAGCCUAGAAUUGAUUUCUCUUUUGAUUCAAAGAAAUCUCCAGCUCCGAAUAGAAGAACAAGGAAGGUAUCUCCAGAUGAUGUUUGAGAAGCAAUGUAAAUCUGGAACUGAAACGUUGAAAGCAUCAUCAUCUACCAUUGAGACUCCAUCCGGAGUGUCUUCAAAUGCCACGAGAGAUUUCCCUGCCAAAAAUGUUUUGGAAGCAUCACAAAUGGAUCAUUGUAGGUCAGGACCUGAUCAAGCUAACGGCAGUGCCACAGUUGAGGAAGGCUCACUGGAAAAGGGUGGGAAUCCUGAUUCUCCUAAAACUCAACAUGCUAUUGCCAAUUGUGAUGGUGCUGAAGCCCCAAAACGUCAAAGAACAGAGUAA